CAGCUGGACAGCAUCAUGUGCAAAAGCCUCGAUCUGGUCGAGCAGAAGGUACCUUCGAUGUAUCUUCCGCCGGAGAUGAUGUUUUGGAACACGAAGGAGUACAUGUCCGAUCACCUGAUGAAACCGGUCCUGUCGAGGGCAAAUUCGAUGAAAAACUUGGGCCACGCUGUGUUGGAAUCUCGCGUUUCCAACUAUGCCGCUGGCCGUAUCGAUGGAGCGUUGGUCGUUUGUGACAAAUAUGUUGAGCGAUACCUGCCGACGGAACCGCAGGAUCAACCCGAUUCCGGUAUCGCUUAUGCAGGCACGUACCGACCAGCACGACUAUCAUCCGAUUCCGGUGACCUCCACGACCCCAAACGGCAUGAUAGGACUGCACGCCACCAAUCAUUGCAUGCUGAUUGUGUGCCCAAACGUAAUGUUCGAAAGGUCCGGGCCAAAAGCAACAUUGGUAUCGCAUGCAGUUCUGGAACACGGGCAGACGAUUCCAACCAGAUGCAUGUUGUACAAACGUUCCACCGUGGGCAGCAGCUGUCCCGUAAGCUAAAGCGCCGGCUCACGUUUCGCACGCGCCAGGAACUGAGCGCACUGAAGAAGCAAAGUACCGAGGCCGUGCACGUGGUUGCGUACGCGGCCGAACUUAUUGCUACCAAUCCCCGGGAAGCGAUGCAAAAAGCCGUUGAGCUGUGGCGUUACCUUAGCAAAGAUGAGCCAGAAAACCAAGCCCGUCCCCGCACACUCGAACAGCUGGCCGUACUCUUGACCCGCGAAUCUGCCCGCAAGGUGGUGCACCUGAUCAACUUCGUCACCGGUACGGUAACACGUGUCCCGAAAGCGGUCCGAGCGCAGACGCGUGAAAUUGUGCACCAUUUCCUGUUCGCAACCGAGCGGCUAAUGAAGACGGUCCAUCUGGAGAAGGCGAAGGCUGCCACACUGUCCGAAGCAAGUGGGCUUGUGCACAGAAUUCAACACACCUAUGAUGAUCUGCAGAAUCAAACGAACUUGGCAUUGCAUGGUCAGUUAUCGCUGGCUAACAUUGAUCGGCACGAUUUUAUCCAUUGGCUUUUGUUGAAAGUGGAACGUUUGGCCGUCUUCCUUUCGGGUCGUCUUGAAGCGGAGAAGAUCACCACGAGUGGAAACCCCCGCCGUCGCAUACAACCCCGAGCAAACAGCAAUCCAAUGAAUUCCAACAUAAACGGUGUGUACUAG